AUGGAUCAAAAUGAAUGUAUCCAAAAUGAUCAAAGUAUUUGUAAUAACUGUGAAAGCGAUCAUGAAAAUGAUGCAAAUGAUCAAAGUGAUCAAGAACUAGCAUUAUCUAAUAAUAAAAAAAAGUCCAAGAUUAUCACAAAGUCUAAGUCUAGUUUUAAAAGUUCUUGGCUUAAUGAUUUUAAAUGGCUUCAAUAUGAUAAGGUUUCUUAUUCAAUUACUUAUGAAAAUGAAGUAUCUGGUUGUGAAUUUGCAUUUGCUAUAUCAAAUAUAAUUAAGACUGAAAUAUGGGAAGAAAUUUGUAAAUCUGUAUUUUUUGGAAUUAUAAUUGAUGAGA